AUAAAAAGCGAGAGAGAAAGAAGAGGAAGCAGCGCGUCACAACACGCGGCGAAGCGAGCAUCCGCAGCCCGGCCACUCUCGUUUGUCACCACCCUCUGUGUCUCUCUGUCUCUACUCGCAUCUUCCGGUUUCGUUUUACUUCUUUUCUUUCCUUCCUUCUCUCCUUUUUUUUUUUUUUUGUUUCAGUCUCGAGUCUCCACUUCUGGUUGCAUCUAAGGAACAAGUAGCAAAAACAUCUCUAAUCUUGGCUUUUUCUUUUUACAAUUAAAUGUAGAAUUGUGUAUAUAUAUGUGCAGAACUUAAGGGAAGCUAAAGCUUUAAACAGUUACUCUUCUUUUCCUUUUCAACUCUGAGUUUCAAUUUCGGUUUUAGUUUGUGUUUCAGCGUCGGCGUUUGUCCCCACCGAGAACUUCCCAAGAAAAGAAAAAUAAGGACAUCUGGGCUUUCUGGGUUUUUUUUUUUAUUUUUAUUUUUUGUGUUUUCUUUGAUUCUGCUGUUACAAACUCUGUUUUCAGUCCUUCAGUUCCUACCCCUUUCUUCUCAGUUUUUCUCAGUUUUUUCUUCUUUAUAGGUAAUAAUAAAUAUCUGCAACUUUCCUUUUAUUUUCUUACUUAGAGUCAAGUGUAUAGUUUUCGUAUAUUUGGGGAUGGGGAUAAUCAGGGAAGGCGAGAAAUAAGAGGAAUUGAGAUCCGGAAGAGAGAGAUAGAGAGAUAGAGGGAGAGAUUCUGGCUGUGGACAAAGAGAGAAGAAAAUGGGUCUGGGUUGUCAUUUUCUAAAUUUAGAAACAGAGCAUGCAGGAAAGGAUUACGAGCUUUAAUUACUCUGAGUAAGAGAGAGAAAAAGAGAGUGGGUUCACUGGUUGAAGAUCAUUCCUGAGACAAAUUUCCUUGGUUAAUAAAUAAAAUAAAAUUUUAUAAAUAUAUAAACCCUAAAUAAACCAUUAUAAAUUUACAGCAACUCCUCUCCUCAUCUUCAUUGUUGUUGUCAAUCUUCUUCUUGCAAGAUAAACAAGGAAGGAGGAGUUCUUAAAAGUGGUAGUGAUAUUCAGUUCAGUUUCUGCGGUCCUUGUUUAUGCAAGGUUAGAGAGAGAGAGAGGAGAGAGAAAAAAGAGAGAAGAGGCAAGGAGAAAGAGAAGCAUCAAAGCAUAUCAUCAAGAUGACUUCGCCUUUCUGGGGAUCGAAGGUUUUUUCUGCUAGCCAUUCCAACCUGGAAUGCUUUCUCGAUCGCAUAACCCCUACUGUUCGUGCCCAUUUCCUUCCCAAGAGUUGCCUUCGAGAUCUAAACAGUCCUUGGCAUCCUGUUGGGAAGAAUACUAUUGAAUACUUCACAUUGGCGGAUCUCUGGGACCAGUUUGAUGAAUGGAGUGCCUAUGGACUUGGUGUUCCAAUUGUGCUGAAAGGGGGAGAGACUGUUGUUCAGUUCUAUGUUCCCUACCUCUCUGGAAUUCAGAUUUAUACUAGCAAAUCCUUUAACUCCCUCAGGAAUCCAAGAGAAGAAUGUGAAGUGGUUGAAUUUGAGAGUGAUUCUUGGAGUGAAGACAGUGAGAGUGAUAAGCUGUCAAGGUCUCUGAGUAACAACUCAAGCAGGACGUGGGAUGCUGUAUCUGAAGAUUCAAAUUUUGACCAGGAGGGCUCGUGGCCAAUGAAGGACAGACUUGGCUCCCUUUACUUUCAAUACUUUGAGAGGUUGCCUCCUUUUUUGAGGGUUCCAGUUGUGUACAAGAUCAAUGAAUUGGCACAGAACUAUCCAGGUUUGAUGACAUUCAGAAGUGUGGAUCUUUCACCUGCUAGUUGGAUGGCCGUUGCUUGGUAUCCAAUUUAUCACAUUCCAUCUGGGAGAAAUGUGAGGGACUUGUCUACUUGCUUCCUUACUUAUCAUACACUUUCAUCGUCUUUCCAAGAUAUUGCAUCAGAGGAAGCCAAGGAGAAAAGUUUUUGUUCAUCAGAAGAGGGAGACAAAGGAGAGGAACCUGAAGGGGAGUGUAGUGGCAGUAUAUCCCUUCCUCCCUUUGGACUGGCCACUUACAAGAUGCAUGGGAAUCUAUGGAGGAAUCCUGCAUCCACGGACCAGGAAAAGAUCACUUCUCUCACGAGUGCUGCAGAUUCCUGGUUGAAGCAGCUCAGAUUGGAACACCAUGACUUCACCUACUUCACCACUCACUCUUAACAUGUAAAUGAAUUCCCCCAAUCUUUUCCCAUGUUUGUUUUUAACAACUGCGCAACCACCGCUGAAAGGCCUUUCCCCAGCUUUAACUUGUUAGAAAAACAUGUAAUGAGAGUUCCCAUGCAAAGCUAACAUGUUUUUCAAUCGAAAAACUCCAAGAGAUGUUAAGAAAUGCAUGACAUGGAUCUAAGAAACCCUCAGGGGAAUUUUGUGGACUGAGUUGUACUUAUUUUAGAGUGACAAGCAUACGAGAGAGAGAGAGAGAGAGAGAGAGGUGGUUCUAUACUAGUUUUUGUUGUUUUCUUCUGUGUAGAUGCUUCAAACAAUGUUUUUCAUUUGGUUAUAUUAUAUAAUGGUUGUAAACUUGUAAUUA